ACUUCUAAGAGGGAGAUUCAUUGCUUUUGUUUAUUUUAAUAUUUUUUUUUUUUCGAAAACUGUGUGAACUCCCCAUGGAGUUCACUAAUGCAGAUGCUCUAAUCUUUAUAUAUAAAGAAGGCUUUGCUUCUCUCCUAGAGGGUCCAGCUCGGAUGCCACGUCACUAAUUCAGCUUUUGACAACACAACACGUGUCCCGAGUAUAAAACUCUCCGUUUCAUUUAUUUUGUUCAACGAGAUAUUUGGGCUUUUGUUGAAGUUUGGCUGUGUCUUAGCUUCUUAAGCCCAGACCAUAAGAGAAACACUGCUUUUUUUUUUUUUUUUAUCUUUGCCUCUCCUGAUCUCACGACUAGACGAUUAAGGUUUUGAGAUUGCUCUUUCAUCUUCUUCUUCAUGAUACCAAAUGAUAUCAGUUACAGAAUAAUCCAUUUAAAACCCUCCAUCAAUCCAUCACCCACAAUCUCUAAUCAAUGCGAGUCUUAAUCUUCCAAGGCGUUGGAGAGGCUAUAAAAAGUCUUCCUCUCCGAUUUGCAAACAGGCUGCUCCUCCUCCACCAUUUAGGUACGGUUGCUGCGUUUCUAGAGGCCAGGAACAUCCGCUGUGGUGAUGCCUUCAAGCUCCACCACUUCGUUCAUUGCUCACUAAUACAACACUGAAAAUUAUACUGGUCACAACCGAUUUGAAUUCAGAGAAAUGUAAGCAGCUACGAUGAAGAAGAAGGGUACGGUUCUUAAAGUUUUUUUCUAAAAACUGCAGCAUAUUCUCAAGAACAGGGUUUGGUUGCUGACGAUGAACAAGAAAGUCCCGGUAAGAGUUGUUCAACAAUUGUAAACUAAUGAUCUCUUAUGUAAUUUGACUAUUUAGUGGUGGAUAUUGAUUGGAUUUUGAAGUAAGCAGGAAGCAACAUAGAUUCUGGUUAAGCGAUUGGGUCUGUUGAAAGCAGAGAAGAAGCUAUUGUAGAAACAGAGGAAAUAAGAAAAUCCAAAAGCUAAAGCCAUGAAGAUUAUGGCUUAAAUGGAAUCUUAUUCAAAUAACAGUGUUUGUGGCAUAGGAAAAGUUGUUGACAUGAGCUCUUUCGGAAAUAAGGCCACACUGAUUCUGGAGUUGUUGCAUCCAUAAUCUGGAGUAGAAACCCUUCUCAGAAUGUAAGAACAUCGAUAAAGCAUUGAUUCUUGCUCUACUGAAAUCAGCUGAUGCAUCGAUUGCCUUUUGCUCAAUUGUUAAUCCUGGAGAGAUAUUGAAGAAUGUAGAAUUAGUUGUAGUUGUUUGAUUGCCACUGAAAAGAGUAGAAGUUUGUAUUGGAAUAAAGUUCAAGAAGUAAGGAAGAGUUGUGCUGUUGGAUGAGUUUCAGAAGGCAAUGAUGGUCAUGGAAGGGUCUGUUGUGGCUUGCAAGUGCCUGGGGAAGUGAUGAGAUUGUCAAAAUGGUAAAGUACUAAACGAGUCUGAUCUGUGAUGACUUUCUGUUAACACCUUCCAAGGCUGUUUGUAUUGGAGUUGGGUUGCAGGAUGUGGAUACUUUAUUUUUCUAUAUAAUACAUUAUGGAGUAGAAACCCUUCCAAGAAUGUAAGAACACCCAUAAAACAUUGAAGCUUUCUCUUUCUUUUUUUUGUGAACACCUAUUGAAGCUUUCUCUAUAUAUUAUGUUCUCCACUCUCCCUCUGCACUGUCAACGUCUGUACCAAAUUUUUUAUCUGUUGCUAAUGGUAUUAAAAAAGUAGAACCUAAACCGACCAGGGUUAACUGGAAUUGGUAUAACAUAUAUGUUCUAGCCUAACGUGAAUUGGUAUAAUCUGAUGGUUUUCUUUAGGUUUCAUCAUUAAGCUUCCUAAUAUAACACAUACAGUAAAAGUAAAAAUAAAUAUGAAAAAGAAAUUACAGACCGAAUAUGUUAUAAUGUUAAUCGAACAUAGCUAUCAAAAGAAAAUAAAAACGUAUAAGAUAUAGUUGACUAUAUUGGGUAAAAAAACAUAGUAAUGGCAUUCUCCAACUGAUACAGUUCCUUUGCAUUUCCAAUAUUAGAUUAUCCCCAUAGACAUGAUUUGUUUGAUGUUUUAGUACCAAGACCUGCAAAUUGUAAUGGGUCUUUCUUUGUUAUGACCAGGAUUGAAGAAAAUCACCUGUGUGACCAAAGCUAUCAUCAAUGGCUUUCUGUGUCAAUAUCCUACUAUUUUUUAUCAAGGUUUUUUUAUAAAAUUAAUGUUAGAAGAUUUGAAAAUUUUGGUAUGACUAUAAAUAGAAAUCACGUUCUUUCUAGGUGAUCACCCGAUUCGGAAAACAUGAAAGUUAAAAGAAUAAAAAGUGUUUUCUUCUUUUUUGACUUUUGUCUAGAGAGUUUGGUUGUGUGUUCUUAAAAUAAUCAUUUUUAAAAUGAAUAAAAUACAUCACUUUAUCAUAUAAUUUAUACUAGAUUCUAAAACGCUAAGAUUAGAAUCCUAACACUCGCCUUGCACAAUAGAAAAUUUCUAUAGAUUGUAAUUGCUGUCUUAAUUUUUUAUUAUUUUAUGGCCCACUUGCUAAUUCAAUGCAAAAAAUAAUUUAUAUUAGCUAAUAUUCUUGCUAUAACAAAUUAUAAAAAAAAAACUAAAAUAACCUCUAUAAAUAAAUACUACUUGCAUGUACAAAUCAUAUAAAUCAGAGGCCACGGCAAUAGUCCAACUACAAAGCUCAUGUUAUUUCCACGAAUGCAUACACAUAACAAAAAUUACAUUCCAUUAUUAUAAAAGUAUAGCCAACUACAAAAGCUCAAAGACAAUUCAAAGCACAUGAUCUUCAUUCUUAACCAUCCAUCCAGUGAUUUGAACUGGAUACAAACAAAUCAACUACAACAACGUCAAUUGCCAUCUUAACAAUCAUAUAUCUUUUUUUGUAAAAUUUUUUUUAACAUAUAUGAUAAAUUAUAUUUCAAAUGACGACAUGCUCAUGUUACCUCCUCUUAAUUAUCACGUUUAUAUAUGUAAAACAGCGUUCCUGCGUAAACAAAAUUGAUAACUAUCAGAUUAGAUUCCUUCACCUCAUGUUACCUCCUGUUAAUUUUUGUAAAUAUCUAAUAUUACAUAAAUAAUUAUAUAAUUAAUUAUAUAUUUUAACUAAAAUAAAAUUCUCACAAAAACCUACUGUAAAACUAAAUUUAGUAAAAAAAGUAUAACAUAAUCCAGUAAUAUAUAUUAAAUUAAAUUAAAUAAAAAUAUAUGAAUCUAUUUACAAGUUUGUUUCUUUUCUACAAUCAAAAAUGAAAAAAUAAUCUCACUCAUUUGUUUUGGUCAUGCAACCCUGGAAAAUCACAAGAAAUGAUGUAAAGCCACAUCAGAAGAAAAUCAUUUAAACCUCUUAACAAAAGAAUAUUAUCAUACUUAAUAAAAUAAUAAGAAGUAUUUAUUUUUGAAAAAAUCAAAGCCAGUUUGGUUUAUUUAGAAAAUUAUCUUCUAAAAAAUAAUAGGUAGUAUUUAUUUUAUAAAAGAAUAACCAAUUAUUCAGAUAGUAUGGUUUAUUUAGUCUUCAAAUCUAAUAUCAUAUAAAAUUAUGUAUAUUUUAAAAUAAUAACAGUAAUAUUAAAUAUUUACUCUGAUUACUUAAAUUAUUUAUUGAUCCGCUUUCCGCCCGUAGGGCGGGCCUACCCUAGUACUGUAUAAUCGCUAAGAAUAUUUAAUCGUUAAUUACAUAUGAACCUCGGAACAAAACGACAUAUAAAUGCUUUCACGAAUCACAAAGCCUUAAAGCGAGAGACAAAGAAAAGACUGUCCGUUGCCGCUUUGCGUGAAUAUCUGCCGCUAAUCGCACAAACCCCAAACGCGCGUGAAGGCUGCAUAAGCUCGAAGAGGCGAGAUUCAUCGACGAUUCCGCACCGGAGAUCUCAGAUUCGCGUCGGAAUUGGAGACCUCAGAAAAGUCCGUAGAGCGAUCGAUUCUGCUCAUUCCUCCUCUCUCUCUCUCUCUCGUCCGUGAAGUGUGAUUUCAGAGGAAGAUGAAGAAAGAUGAGAAGAAGAAGGUUUCAACGGGAAGGACCAUUUGCACCAGAUCUUCAGCGGUAGCUUCUGCGUCUACACUACUAGAAACCACUCCUUUGAGGAGGUCAACCCGGGGAACACCGUCUACGUCUACUAAGCCAAUAACUCCAGCUUCUAGUAUCAGAAGGUCUGGGAGACUCGCUUCCUCACCUGCUUCAGUUACUAAAAUUUCUGGUAGAAUUGAGAAGAAGCCCGCAGCAAGUCCCUUGGGAAGGUCUAGUAAGGGAAAGACUGUACCUUCGGAGAAGAAUCCAAAAGGGUCAUCGGAGAAGCCUGAUAGGAAUGCAAACGCUUCGUCGUUGGGUGUUGAGGAGAGUAAUGGCAAGAAGAUAGACAGAGUAGAAGAGUCGACAGAUGAGAUCAAGAAACGGAAGGAUGAAAUGACAGCUCGAAGUCUCAGGGCCUUGUGUAGAGGGCAUCUCAAGACGGGAUCUAAUGCUUCUUCGAAUGAUGAGGAACUAGUAGUGGUUGGUUGUUCUCGCCGAGUACCUGCGGAGAAUGAUGAUGCUAGAGACGAUAACAGUCCACCACAUGCGAAUUCAGGAUCAAAAGGACUGCCGGUUGGAGAUUUUAGUUUAGAGAAGGGACCUGAUUUUCCUAUGGAACUAACUAGGGAUACAGAAAAGACCGUGGUUGAUUCAUCCCCCAUGGUUGAAACUGGGGAUGACAGUGUUAUAGGUUCACCAUCUGAGGAUCCUGAACCACAAAAGCUUCGUGACAGUGAAACUAGCUUGGAAACCGGCAUAGACUUGGCUCUGAAAAGAAAAAGAGACACUGCGGAAAAUGAUGAUGCUAGAGACGUCAACAGGCCACCACAUGCGAAUUCAGGAUCAAAAGGGUUGCCGGUUGGAGAAACGGGUUUAGAGAAAGGCUCUGAUUUUCCUGUGGAAGUAACUAGGGAUAUAGAGAAGACAGUGGUUGAUUCAUCCCCCAUGGUUGAAAGUGAAGAUGGCAGUGUUAUAGGCUCGCCAUCUGAGGAUCCAGUACCACAAAAGCUUCGUGACAGUGAAACUAGAUUGGAAAUCGACAUAGACUUGGCUCUGAAAAGAAAAAGAGAUACUGUGGAAAAUGAUGAUGCUAGAGACGGCAACAGUCCACCACUUGCGAAUUCAGGAUCAAAAGGGUUGCCGGUUGGAGAAACGGGUUUAGAGAAAGGCUCUGAUUUUCCUGUGGAAGUAACUAGGGAUAUAGAGAAGACAGUGGUUGAUUCAUCCCCCAUGGUUGAAAGUGAAGAUGGCAGUGUUAUAGGUUCACCAUCUGAGAAUCCAGAACCACAAAAGCUUCGUGACAGUGAAACUAGCUUGGAAACCGACAAAGACUUGGCUCUGAAAAGAAAAAGAGACACUGCAGAAAAUGAUGAUGCUAGAGACGGUAAUAGUCCACCACAUGCGAAUUCAGGAUCAAAAGGGUUGCCGGUUGGAGAAACUGGUUUAGAGAAAGGCUCUGAUUUUCCUGUGGAAGUAACUAGGGAUAUAGAGAAGACAGUGGUUGAUUCAUCCCCCGUGGUUGAAACUGAGGAUGGCAGUGUUAUAGGUUCACCAUCUGAGAAUCCAGAACAACAAAAGCUUCGUGACAGUGAAACUAGCUUGGAAACCGAUAUAGACUUGGCUCUGAAAAGAAAAAGAGACACUUCAGAAAUUGUGAUGGAUGCAUGUACAAAUGCAGAUGACCGCAUUAUGAGUACUGAUGGGGUUAUUCCUUUUCCACCCGUGUGCACAAAUAUUAAUCAACCCGAAAGGUGCGGCACAUGUCAAAAACGGCAAAAGGUUAAUGAUAAUUUUGAAGAUCUCAGUGUUUGCUCCUGCAUUGCUCAGCCAGUUCAAGGAUCUGAUCAGGUGGCACAGGAUAUCAAGGAAUGCGGACCCGCUACAAGCAAAGACUAUGGGGAGAACAGGCAGAAGAUGCAACAAGAUAAAUCAUUUGAUCCCAAAUUGUUAUCGAUUUACACCGAGUAUUGGGUUCCAGUGCAGCUAUCAGAUGUACAGGUGGAGCAAUACUGUCGGACUCUCUUCUCCAAUUCUUCAUCUCUUUCUUCGAUGUUGAAGAAUGAUCUUGUUGGAGAAACUCUCACUUCUGUAAGGAAAACCUGUGACCACCCAUAUGUUGUGGAUGUAUCUUUGAAACAACUUCUCACCAAGAAUCUGAAGUUGCAUGAAAUCCUGGAUGUAGAAGUCAAAGCAAGCGGGAAACUUCCCCUACUUGGUGCAAUGCUUACUCAGAUAAAGGCAAAGGGUUUAAAAGCAGUUGUCUUCUACCAGGCAACACAUAGCCCUGAGGGGCUUCUGCUUGGUAAUAUUCUCGAAGAUUUUCUGAUGCAAAAAUUUGGUCAAAAUUCCUAUGAGCAUGGGGUCUGCCUCUCGAAGAAGAACGCUAUAAACAAUUUCAACAAGGAGAGUGAGUGUUUUAUUCUGCUGCUGGAAAUACGUGCCUGUAGUCAAAGCAUUAAACUCUUACGCGCUGAGUCUUUUAUACUUUUUGGAAGCAGCCUGAAUCCAUCGCAUGACGUUAAGCUCUUAGAGAAGAUAAAGGUUGAGUCGUGUUCUGAAAGAACUAAGAUAUUCCGGUUGUACUCAGUGUUUACAGUUGAAGAAAAAGCCCUGAUUCUGGCUAGGCAAAAUAAGCCUCUAGAGAACCUAAACCGUCCUCUCACACAUGCACUGCUCAUGUGGGGGGCAUCAUAUUUAUUUGAUAAGCUGGAACACUUCCAUGGGAGUGGAACCCCAGGUUCAGGAGUUCCAUUUGAACAGUCUAUUAAGGAUGCCGUGAUUCAGGAAUUCUCGUCCAUACUUUCUUCCGAUGUUGGAGAAGAAAAUGAAGGCAAGCUGUGUCUACUUUUGGAGGCCAGGCAUGCUCAGGGAAGUUACAGCACUGAUGCUACUCUAUUUGGUGAAGAACAUGUCAAGUUAUCAGAUGAAAGUCCAAAUAUGUUUUGGUCAAAGCUGUUGAGUGGAAAGAACCCUAUGUGGAAAUACUGUUCGGAUACUCCUCAAAGGAGUCGAAAAAGAGUACGGCAUCUUCAGGGCUAUGAGGAGACUACCAAAGUUGGCAAUGGCGGAAACUUAAAGAAGAAAAAGAAGGCUUCAGAUGAUGUCACAGUAGAUAACGCUGAAAGAAAAGCCUCUGGGAAGGAUCACAUGGGGCAUUUGGAGUCACCAGACGUUGCAACACUCAAGUCAUCACGUGGAUCUGCUUCUGGUACUUAUGACUCGUUGACUGGAAAUGAUGCUACUGGCUUGUAUUCUUUGGGCAGUCAUAUCUCUGGAGUCCCAGAGGAUAUGUUAGCUGGCAUUGAUUGGCGACAAAUUCCGCAUGAGUCACAGAGGAGUCUCUAUGCUGUUUUAAAGCCGAAGAUGGCAAAACUUUGUCCUUCAGAAGAUUCGGCAAGCAUAGCUGAAAAGUUUCUUGAAUAUAUUAUUGAACACCACCGUGUUUGCACAGAGCCAGCCACCAUAUUGCAGGCUUUCCAGAUAGCCUUGAGUUGGAUUGCAGCCUCGCUCGUAAAGCAAACGUGUAACCGCGAAGAAUCUUUGGUACGCGCAAAAUCGGAAUUAGGUUUCAGUUGCUCUGAAGAAGAGGUAGAUUAUAUAUAUUCUCUUUUGUGCUGCAUGAAGAGUAUAUUCCUGGGGCGCACACAAAGUUUGCAGUUGGAUUGCUUGGGUACUAAUUCUAAGCUAGCGAAGGUGAAUGAAAGUCUCUCAGGGGAUAUAGUGCGUCAGGAACGGAGUAACACAAAAUCGAUGCGUAGCUCAGUAACAAAAGAUGUCGAAAAGACUAUUAGCGACAUCAAAAAUAAAUGCAGUAAGAAACUGCAGGAGCUUGUACAAAUCCACGAGGAAAAAAAGGUGGAUCUGAUGAAUAGGAGUGCUGACAAGGAGCAGGAACUUCAAAAUGGGAAAAAGCUGGAAGUAUUAUAUAUUCGUGUCACUUGUUCAGGGUUAAGUUCGCAGAGCUUACUAGAUAAUCUUCAACGGGUGGAAGAUGAUUUUGAAAGAAAGAAUGAUGAUCUCAAAAUAGAGAUGAAUGACUGCCUCAAAAAACUAGAGGGAAUGCACGAGGCUGAAAAGAAGAAGUUGGCUGAGGAUGAAGCCUACUGGAUUAGUCGGAUAGAGAACUGGGCACAGGCACAAGCUGAAUUAAUAGAUUGCGCUCCCAUUCAAAGUGGAAACAACAAGCAUCUUAGUGGAUUACGCUCAUCGAACACUUCCAAAAAUACUCCUGAUGUACAAACUUGCAAUGAUGCCAGCGGUGAAGCUACUUAUGCUGAUACAAGUUCCAUGGUUGCCAAGAAAAACCAAUUGCCAGAAGCAGAAAGCACAUUAAGAACCAUGUCAGGUGGCAGCACUCAACAAGUUCAUGAUAUUGUGGCUUCAAGAAAUGACAAGGCGUUGGAUAUCUCGCCCUUGUCUCAUGAACAGCCUACGGACAAUGUGGCUACAAAGAGCCAGCCCAAUGAGCUCGCUUCUCUUAGUGCGCCUGAGAUUUUGAUUCCAGCUGGCUGUCAAGAGGAAUCUGGGGUCUUGAACGUGCAGUCGUCAGACUAUCCGAAUUGCGUCAGAGUUACAUCAGCGACACCAAAUGAAGAUGUACCCUCAAGGGUGGCAGAGAUAUCCCAGUCUGUUGCAAAUCUUGCAAAGUCUGCCUCUCUUGAGUCUUGGUUGAAUAGAGAGGAGGCUUUGGUUUCAAUAGAAAAUGAUAAAACUAUUCGUUCGGGCUCUGAUACUGAUAACAUUUUUGACCACCAGUAUGAGGAAGCUUGUUCUCUUUACAAGGAGAUUCCUGACGAGUUGGUGUCGCGUAUACCUCACCCUGCGCCUGUGCUAAAGACUAGGGAUUCUGCUGAAUCUCAUCAGGGUGAUGACGAGAUAUGUCCUGUGCCUUCUUCACCGACUGGACAGCAACCUGACCCAGCAGAAAAAAAUCAGGGCAAGAAUGUUGAAGCAUCAAUCGAGUCUCAGCUAGCUGUUUCAGAAUCAGUAGAGACUGGCGGUUUUGCUGCAUUCGAGCAGGGUGAUCAAGUUGCAUGUCCGUUGCCAUCUUCACCGACGGGAAACCAGCCUGACUCAGGCGCAAACGUUGAGAGCCAAAAUAUCAGCACUUCAGAAGAGCCACACAAUGCUGGUCCAGGUGUAGUAGAGACUGGUGUCACCGCAGUAUCAGACCAGGAAAUAAUGGGUGCUCAGGAUCUAUGCUCUCUGCCAACUCCACUGAUUGGAACUCAGGCUGACCUAGCAACUAACACUGAGGGCCAAAAUAUUAUAACAGUGGCUCAGCUUCAUACAGCUGGAUCAGAUGCCGUAGAAACUAGUCGGGAUGCAUCUCCAUUACCAGUUUCUUCGCCUGGAAAUCAAUCUGAGGCAGCAGUUAGCACUGAGGGCUUAAAUAACAACACAACAAUGGCUGCGCCUCGCACAACUGGAUCAGAUGCAUGUGUAAUGGGAGUAGCAGUACCUGAUGCCCAAGUAGAACAAUCAACCUUUGCAAAUAACGUUGAACCCCUUGUCCAUGAAGUUGUUACGGAGCCUUCAGCAGGUGUAACAGCUCCUGUUCCAUCACAUCUUAACAGUGGUACGGGGCAGAAUGCCACUCCACCUGUUCCUCAAAUACCUUUCCCUGUGUUCAGUGACCCAUUUCAGCAUGAACUGGAGAGGCUGCGGAGAGAAUCAGAGAACACAAAGAAGACUUAUGAAGAAAAGAGAUCAGUUUUAAAAGCUGAAUUCGACAGGAAGAUGGCUGAACUGCAAGCUGAGUAUCAAAGAAAGUUUCAUGAGGUAGAAGCUGAGCAUACAGCGAAAGCGACAAAGCUACAGACGAGCAAGAAUUUUGUUAUAAUGAACAAGCUGUUGACGAAUGCGUUCUUGUCUAAAUGUGCGAGCAGAAUGGAAUCUCAUCCGUCCGCAGCUCCAAGGGGUAGAAUUCAGCAGCUAGCACAGAGAGCAGUACAAAUGAGCGCACUGAGGAAUUAUUAUACAGCUUCGGCUCCUGCUCCUCUGCAGCCUCAUGCAUCUUCAGUUUCUCGCUCACCAUACCUUCCUCCGAGUUCCACGCACUGCCCAAUGCCUCAGCCAAGACAGCCUCUCAUCUCUAACCCAGCUCCAUCUUUUUCAGCUUCUCCUGCAAGUGCAACUAAUGUAGCUGUCAAUGGAAGACUAGUUUCUCCUGUACUGCCUUUAAACUCAUAUAGGUCAUCAUCCUCUUCAGUUCCCAUCCCCAUGACAACUACUCCAACCUCAUCAGCUGUUCAUCAAGCUUUAACAUAUUCCUCUUCAGUUCCCAUCCCCAUGACAACUACUACAACCUCAUCAGUUGUUCCUGAAGCUUUAACAUAUUCCUCUUCAGUUCCCAUCCCCACUACUCCAACCUCGUCAGUUGUUCCUCAAGCUUUAACGUAUUCAAGUGCGUUAACUCAGCAGCAAGAACAGCAACAGCAACAGAACAUGGGAAGUGGAUCGCAGAGGAGCGGUGAUGUGGUCUGUCUCUCUGAUGAUGAGUGAUGUAAUCUUGUGAUGUUUAGCGUAUAAUAAUGAUUGAUUUAGAGUUGUUUAACCUAAUAUUAUAUGUAUAAUUAGUAGGAUUUCCUAUAACUUAAACUUAUGGAAUCAAAUUCAGUGAGGGACACGGUUCCCCACGGUUUUCUUGAAGUGCGACUGCGAGUUUUAUUACAUAAAAGAAAUGGUUCGGGUCGGGAACAAA